AUCCUCUUCGCCCUCUCAUCCGCCGUGCUGGUCAAGGAAUACGGCGUCUACGCGCGACACAGCGGGAUCCCCGAGAUCAAGACGGUGCUGGGCGGGUUUGUGAUCCGCCGGUUCCUCGGCCUGUGGACGCUCAUCACCAAGUCCCUGGGUUUGAUUUUAGCUGUGGCCUCCGGGCUGUGGCUGGGAAAGGAGGGCCCGUUGGUGCAUGUGGCUUGUUGCUGUGCGAAUCUGUUUACGAAGCUGUUUCCGAGUAUUAACACGAAUGAGGCACGCAAACGAGAGGUGUUGUCCGCUGCUGCGGCAUCCGGCAUCUCGGUUGCUUUUGGCUCGCCCAUCGGGGGUGUGUUGUUCUCUCUCGAGCAACUCUCGUACUACUUCCCCGACAAGACCAUGUGGCAGAGCUUCGUGUGCGCCAUGACGGCCGCCAUGGUGCUCCAAGCCUUCGACCCCUUCCGCUCCGGAAAACUUGUCAUGUACCAGGUCACAUACACGUCGAGCUGGCACGGCUUCGAGCUCAUCCCCUUUGCCAUCCUCGGCGUGCUCGGCGGCAUCUACGGCGGCCUGUUCAUCAAGGCCAACAUGGCCGUGGCCCGCUGGCGCAAAUCAACCCCCUGGCUGCCCGGCCCCGUGGUGCAGGUCGUGCUGGUGGCCGCUUUAACAGCACUCGUCAACUACCCGAAUCGCUACAUGCGCUCGCAAAACUCGGACCUCGUAACCAACCUCUUCUCCGAAUGCUCGCAGCUACUAGACGACCAGUUCGGCCUCUGCACCACCGGCGCUGCCUCAGCCGCCAACAUUUUGCUAUUACUCCUCGCCGCUCUGCUCAGCUUCGGCCUCGCCGCCAUCACCUUCGGCCUCCAAAUCCCCGCGGGCAUCAUCCUCCCCUCCAUGGCCAUCGGCGCCCUCACCGGCCGCGCCAUCGGCAUCAUCGUCGAGAUCUGGCAAACCAACCACCCGCGCUUCCUCGCCUUCCACACCUGCGAGCCCGACAUCCCCUGCAUCAUCCCAGGCACCUAUGCCAUCAUCGGCGCGGCCGCCGCCCUCGCCGGCGUCACCCGCAUGACCGUCUCCAUCGUCGUCAUCAUGUUCGAACUCACCGGCGCCCUGACCUACGUCCUCCCCAUCAUGGUCGCCGUCAUGAUCUCCAAAUGGGUCGGCGACGCCUUCUCCCGCCGCGGCAUCUACGAGUCCUGGAUCCACUUCAAUGAGUACCCCUUCCUCGACCUCUCCGAGGAAACCACCCCGAUCCCGGACAUCCCCGCGGGGCAAAUCAUGACCCGCAUCGAAGACCUCGUCGUGCUCACUGCCACGGGCCACACCAUCGCUUCCCUCCGCGCUGUCCUCGAUGCACACCCCCACCGCGGGUUCCCUGUUGUCUCUGACCCCCGCGAUGCGAUCUUGCUCGGGUACAUCUCCCGCGCCGAACUGGCGUAUACCCUCCACGCCGCCACCCAACCUCCACGAUCGUUACCACCAGAAACAACAGAAGCCGUCUUCACCGACCCACUCACCACCACCACUGUCACUACCCCCGGCGUCGGUGCCACGGCCGCUGCUGGCAUCGGCGUAGGGGGUACAGCAACAACUCUCGACCUCCGACCCUGGAUGGAUCAAACCCCGCUCACCUUACCGUCUGCCGCUCGCUUGCACCUGGCAGUGAGUUACUUCCAGCGGCUGGGGGUGCGGUAUGUGUUGUUCGUCGAUAGGGGGGUGUUGCAGGGGUUGUUGACGAAGAAGGAUGUUUGGUAUGUGUUGAAUGGGGCGGAGGAGACGAGACGGAGUGAGGGAGGGGGUGCGGGGGGGUUUGUGGGUGGUGUUGGAGGUGUUGGAGGGGGAUCGGGGGAGUAG